AUGUCCCCAGAGGAGCAGACAUGGCUGUUGCAGGCGCUGGAAAAGCUGAGACUCAACAUCAGUGGGGCAUCGAAUGUGGCGGCAGAGACUUUAAAAUUUUCUGCCGUGGAUUUGAACGCAGUAGACAUCCUGCGGUCGUCAAAGAAAUUGUGCGGACUUCUGGAGCAAGGCGUGCUGGCUGUACUGGCACCACUGCAACGAGAAACGUCUUCUCUAGUACGCACCGCUUGCUUCCGGCACAGGAUAACACACUUCUAUUCUCACCGUGAUGAUGACACGCAAUGGCGAAUCGCUCCCGACUCGGUGUCAAUCACGCUCUCACCAUCUCCUGUGGAACUCAGCAGGGCCCUUCAGGAUCUUGUUGAAGCUCAGCGAUGGACCCACUUCACCCUAAUCUACGAAAGACCAGAAGCGCUGGUUCAACUACGCAGGCUGCUCGACCAGCGAUUGUCGUCUGACGCCAAGCUGGUACCGGUGUCCCUUCACAUGCUAACAGUAGAAGAAGACCCAAGACCCUUGCUUAGAGAAAUAGCCAAGUCUGGAGAUACCAAUCUCGUCCUGGACCUGACCGCGGAGAGACUUGCCGAAGUUCUAAAUCUGGCGCAGAAAUUAGGACUUGUCACUGAGUAUCACAGUUACAUUGUGACAACACUGGACAUGCAUACCCUGGACCUCACACACUUCCGAAAUUCGGGCACCAACCUGACCGGCUUCGAACUGCUGAACAGGGACUUGUGGGAGCAAGACAUCAGCGCGGUACGUAAUGCGUACGCUCGCAAAGGACUUUACCCUGUUUUCCUGGGCCAGAGACCUUCCAGCAAUCCUGUGCGGACAGACGCUGCACUCGCCCAGGACGCGGCGAACCUCCUAGUAAGAGCACUGCAAAGAUUGGCCGCAGCCGGAAAUUUAAGCCGGAUCCCAGUAGCUCACUGCCGUGGAGAUCAUUCAUCUGAGGCUUGGGAGCAGUCUAAUCAGCUUGUGAACGCUGUGAAAAAGACACCUUUCUCUGGCCUCACCGGUCCUAUCCGGCUCGACCCGCUGGGUCUCCGGCACAACGUGUCCCUCCACGUGGUGAAGCUCAAGCGAAGAGGCUUGACUGCGGUGGGAACAUGGAGUGCAACCUCGGGUCUGCACAUUGCGCGUACGGAGAAGGCCUUCCAGGAAGAAGUGCUGAGUACGCUGAGAAACAAGACGAUGCGUAUUACCACGAUUCUGAACGCACCAUACGUGAUGGUGAAAUCGUCUGCUCACAAGCUUCGUGGCAAUGACCGCUUCGAGGGAUUUUGCGUGGACCUCCUUCAUGAAAUAUCUCGGUACCUGGACUUCCGUUACCGCAUCAAGCUCGUCAGAGAUGCAGCACACGGUUCUAGAGACGCCCAAGGUCGAUGGAAUGGCAUGGUCCGGGAACUAAUUGACCGGGAAGCGGACCUGGCGGUGGGCGACAUAACCAUUACGUCAUCGCGAGAAGAAGCCGUGGAUUUCACGCUUCCUUUUAUGACGCUUGGAGUGAGCAUUCUGUUCAGAAAGAACCAAGAGGAACACUCUCUUCUUUUCUUUCUCUCACCCCUAUCAUUUGAUGUGUGGUUAUGUGUUGCAGCUGCACACGUGGUGAUAGGCCUAUUACUGUGCUGGGUGACUCGUGUGCAAACUUUCCGGUGGAGACGCAGCACAGCUGCUCAGACACACUACUGCUGCGAAUACUCGACAGAUAUUGUGAAGAAUCGUCUGACCUUGCUGAACAGCUUGUGGUUCACGAUAAGCUCCAUCAUGCAACAAGGGUGCGAGCCUUUACCGAGGUCUACAUCGACGUGCAUAAUUUCCGCAACGUGGUGGCUGUUUUCAUUUGUGCUGGUCUCCUCCUACACGGCAAACUUGGCCUCAUUCUUGACCCGAGAGCGUCUUAAAUUGCCCAUAGAGAGCGUCGAAGAUCUUGCGAAGCAGUCAGAAAUACGAUACGGUUGCGUGCGCUCUGGAUCGACGCAAGCCUUUUUUCAGGAAUCCAAACACGAGACGUACGAGCGCAUGUGGCAAGGCAUGAGAUAUGAUAUGGCACCGUCGAACACCGAAGGAGUUGCACGGGUGCGAAGAGGCGGCUAUGCUUUUCUCAUGGAGUCCACGAGCAUCGAGUACGUCGUUCAGCGCGAGUGCCAGCUGACGCAGAUUGGUGGUUUGUUGGACUCUAAAGGAUAUGGUAUUGCACUUCCUCCAGGGUCGCCGUAUCGAAGCUUCUUUUCGUCAGCCAUCUUGCGGCUUCAAGAGAAUGGGACGCUUCAGAUGCUAAAAGAGCGAUGGUGGAAAUUGCGCCACCCAAGCAGGCACUGCCCAGAGGAAGGCGGUCCAUCUAGGCCUGGCUCAGCCAGCGAGCUGGGCCUGCCGAAGUUGGGCGGUGUUUUCGUUGUCCUCAUUUCUGGCCUCGGCCUUGCCUGUCUAAUAGCCUUCGCGGAGAUUUUCCUGAAAGCACGUUCUUCUCGAAUUUCACAGGUAGCUUAUGACAGCCUUCCCUUAGGAAAGGAGGCAUUUUUGCUCAGCCAACCUACAGAAAAAUGA